GCUCAGCCCACACUGAGCCAGCAGCGGAUCAGCCAGCCACCUGCCCGGAGCUCAGCCAUGUGGACCCUCGGCCGGCAUCACCUCUGCCUGACUUUCCUGCUCACGUGUGUUCUUGCGGGAAUCUCCUUCCUCCACCUCUACCACGGCCUCUUCCGUGGCGACCUGGGCCUGUCAUUCCUGUGUGCAGACCGACCCCUGGUGGCGGCCCCCGUUGCCAUCUUCUGCCCGGCAGGCGCUGGGAUGGCCCUCAACACCUCCUCUUCCUGCCCCCAGCUCCCUGCCCCCCCCUCGGGAGCCUGGACGAUCGCCCCAGCUGGCCGGCUUGGCAAUCAGAUGGGGCAGUACGCCACCCUGCUGGCCCUGGCCCGGCUCAACGGCCGCCAGGCCUUCAUCCUGCCGGCCAUGCACGCCGCCCUGGCCCCCGUGUUCCGCAUCACCCUGCCCGUGCUGGCGCCCGAGGCGGACGGCCUCACGCCCUGGCAGGGCCUGGAGCUGCACGACUGGAUGUCGGAGGAGUACGCCCGCUUGCAGCAGCCGCUGCUCAAGCUCUCCGGCUUCCCCUGCUCCUGGACCUUCUUCCACCACCUCCGGGAGCAGAUCCGCCGGGAGUUCGCCCUGCACGACCACCUCCGGGCCGGGGCCCAAGGGUUCCUGGCGCAGCUCCGCCUGCCGGGCACCGGCGGCCUCCCGCGCACCUUCGUGGGCGUCCACGUGCGCCGCGGGGACUACGUGGAGAUCAUGCCCCAGCGCUGGAAGGGCGUGGUGGCCGACCGCGCCUACCUGCGGGCGGCCAUGGACUGGUUCCGGGCCCGGCACGAAGCCCCCGUCUUCGUGGUCACCAGCAACGGCAUGGCCUGGUGCCGGGAGAACGUGGACGCGUCCCGGGGGGACGUGGUGUUCGCGGGCGACGGCGUGGAGGGCUCCCCGGCCAAGGACUUCGCGCUGCUCACGCAGUGCAACCACACGGUCAUGACCAUCGGCACCUUCGGCUUCUGGGCCGCCUACCUGGCCGGCGGGGACACCGUCUACCUGGCCAACUUCACCCUGCCCGACUCGCCCUUCCUCAAGAUCUUCAGGCCGGAGGCCGCCUUCCUGCCCGAGUGGGUGGGCAUCAAUGCAGACUUGUCUCCACUCCAGUAG